CGAAUUCGCUCUCUUCCAGCAUCAUCGCCAGAUCGUCGAGGCCAGUCUGCGAGAUGAAGAGCAGGCGAAUAUUCUCUGUGCUAGGACUCCGGACGGCGGGGAUAUCGCGCGCGGUGGUCCGUUCGACGCAAGCGUCGGUACGCUGGGGCGUCGCGGUUCUUUCCCGGGCAGCAGUCCAAGGAUCGACGAGCGCGAAGAACGCUUUGCGUCCUUUACCGACUCGAACGUAUUCGGCUCUCCUUUGGAUGGUCACGGCGAGUUCGAGCGCGAGCGGAAGCGCUCCAAUAUUUAUGGUGCGGAUCACCACAAGGCUAUCAUCCCCAGCUACCCUUCCCCUCGCACGCCUAGUCGUAUCACGAGCCACCAGAUAUCCAGCCUCGUUAGUCCGAAGAAGCUCACGCUGCCUCCCUACAGCGGCCCACUGCCCGCGCCCAAGCUUGACGACGGCGGGAGCAUGACUUGGCCUCUCCCUCUCCGCUUGCCCACUCCCCCGCUUUCUGCCAGCACCACCUUUAGCGGCGGGUCCUCGGGCGCAGAUUCGCCUGAGUUCUUCAUUCCAACUCAGACGCCGCCUCGUCGCCAGGGACGCGUUGUUCAUGGCACACCCGGGGCGCAGGCCGCUCAUGCCUACCUUCCCGCUGCUGCCCGUUCUGUACUCGAGGUGCUCAGGGAGCCCCCUCCCGAACGCAACAAGCUCGACCUUAACCGCAUCCGAGAGGGGUUGGACACUCGUACGACUGUUAUGCUGAAGAACGUGCCUAACAAAAUGACUGACAAGCACCUCAUGGCUUUCAUUGAUACGGUCACCCCCAAGUCUUAUUCUUUCCUUUAUCUUCGUAUGGAUUUCGAAAAUCACUGCAAUGUCGGAUAUGCUUUUGUCAAUUUUAUGGAUGUCGAUAGUCUACUGAGGUUUGCUGAAACUAAACUGGGCAAGAAAUGGGGAAUGUUUAAUUCCGAGAAAGUGCUGAAUAUGAGCUAUGCUAACUAUCAAGGAAAGGAGGCUCUGGUCGAGAAGUUCCGUAACUCUGGUGUCAUGGAGGAACGUGAGGCAUGGCGUCCCAAGAUCUUCUACUCUUCUGGUCCUCGCAUGGGUGAAUUGGAGCCCUUCCCUCGUAAGUUCAGCUCCUGCCGGUUUGGAUUGCCACUAAGGAUGCUGCAGUUCCCAACAAUCAUCUUCGUCAACAGCGGUCGUUCCAAAAUGGUCGUACCCAAGGCCUCUACUCCUCGGGAACCGUUCAUUCCUCCAACUAUGGCCUCGCCGCGCUUUAAGUCUCGAAUACCAUCGCUCAACUCUCUGAAAAACUGCAACCCUCACAAAGCCGAAUUUUUAUCUUCUAUGAUUCUGUUUCUCGAUUUACUUUGUUUUCACUAA